AUGGGAAACAUAGUCCGAUAUCUAUCGGUGGCCAUGUCUGCCCCACGGUCGUCUGUGUUUACAUUCGAGUCCACCGCUCAUUCCUCCCAUGUGCUGAGCUCCCUGGACGAACAGCGGCGGCGGGACGUGCUGUGCGAUGUCACGGUAGUGGUGGAGGGCCAGAGUUUCAGAGCCCACCGCUCGGUGCUCGCUUCCUGUAGCGAGUACUUCGCGCAGAGGAUCUCCUCAUUCACACAACAUGGGGCGGUCGUCACUCUUCCCCAAGAGGUGACAGUCACUGGCUUUGAACCCUUGUUGAAGUUUGCCUACACGUCCAAACUACUCUUUGGAAAAGAGGACGUCCUAGAAAUCCGAAACUCGGCGGUCAUUCUUGGCUUCAAAGACCUAGAUGAGGGAUGCUUUGAGUUUCUGCUCCCUAAGUUCCUCUCCACCACCACCAAAGGUCCUCCUCCAUUCAAGAGAAAGACCUGUUGUAAAGAGAAGAGCAAGCGGCCGCCUUCAGAGGAAAACAGCAACACAGACUCUGACAGCGUAUUGUUGGAUGAAAAAGAAGUACAACCAGUUGCUGAGUCAUCAUGCCAGCGGGAAGUGGUUCAGGACUGUAACAAAUCAGUGAACAACAAAGUGGGAAGUCAGAAGAGCACAGACACAAGUGCACUAGUAGCUGAGGGAACAAAUGACAGUUUUAUGCAGUGUCCAAAGUAUCGCAAGUUCCAGCUAGCUUGUGGGAAGGACGCUUCUGUCACAGAGAAGAGCCUGGUCAAAACAACAGGGGUCAGGAAUGACUGUGUCAUCUCUGACUUGCCGUGUUCCAGCAGUGCAAACAGUAAGAAUGAAACUAAGACUGAAAUCUCUGGAAAUCCAGUCUUAAGUGGCUACAGACAGAAUAAAGGAGGGACUGAUGAGCCAUGGAAAAUUCAAAUAAAUGAUGGGAAGACAGAGAACUGCUUGGGCAGAGCGACAGCUCUUAUGGUUAAGAAGGACACAAAUGAAGGAGGGGGCAAAUGGAGCGAGAAAGUACGAGAGAAUGAUAUUGAAAUGGACGACGGGCUAGAGGGUGCAAGUGCAAUCGCCUCCUUGGAAAUAUCCAGUGUCCAGUCAGACUCCUCAGAGUCAAGCGCAGUGCUGACUGAGAGGUCAUCAGGGUUAAUGCUGCACCAUGGCCCUCAAAGGGCCUUGAAUGAGGGUCCUGUAAUCUGUAGACCACUGAGGCAGGAAAGAUUUUGUAUGGACAUUGAAGAAGUAAUAAGCCCUAUUGUACGAUGGCCAAUCUCCAGUCAAAACAAGGCAGAGGAUAAGAUAGAGGGAGAGGGGAAGAGGGUAGAUAAUGGCUUUCAAGAAGCAAGAAAAGAAGGAAGCAAAAAUGGAAGAGUAGCCUUGCCUGUAAAUAAUAUCAAUGCGGAGAAGGAAAUGGCUGAGGGCCUGGCACGGCAGCUGGGAUCUGAUAUAGACCACUGUCAGCUCAACUUUCAUGACCCCAAGGGCGGAUGUCCCACCAAUAUAGGGGCCCAAUGCCCACAAAGCACAUCUUUAGAGUGGCCGAAGCAUAACACCCCCAAAACAAGCUGUCCCCUUUUCCAGGAUCUGGACCAAAGGAAAUAUUCAUGGAAAGGAGAAGGGCUGUCUGAGUGUGAGGGGGCAUCUCAGUCAGGUGUGUCCUCCUUUAACUCGGGGGAGGACGGCGACUCGGAGACAGAAACGGAAGGAGACAGCGAGUCCUCCGCAAUAGAGAGGGCCAGGCAGGUGCAGCUGCCAUUCUCUGUAGACUGGAUAGUGGAGCUGAGCCGAAACGACUUCCAGCAGCUGCUAAAGCAACAUGCCUUUACGCGUGAACAGCUGGACUUUGUCCAUGAUAUGAGACGACGCAGCAAAAACCGCCUCGCAGCUCAGCGAUGCCGCAAGAGAAAACUGGACUGCAUAUAUAAUCUGCAGUGUGAAAUCAACAAGCUGAAGACGGAGAGAGAGAAACUGAUGCUGGAGAAGAGCCAGUUGAGCCAGCUAAAGUUGAAAACGUGUCACAGUGUUUCUGCUUUAUGCCAGAGGGUCUGCAGUGAAGCAAAUCUACAGCCAGAGCAGCUGCAGGUGUUAGCCAAGUACACCUCCCCAGACUGCCCUCUGUCCUCUUUCUGUCCUCACACAGACACUCUUCUCUCACAGCAUGGGUUGCCACUCCAGCCAUAGGUGUCCUCUGUGGGUGUUGAACAGUAUAUGACAAAUGAGGAAGCUCCAUGAAGUUCCAGCAGGGACACAGUCACUGGACAACAUUGACUUUAGAUACAGAACAAGCACACUGAUGUGGCGAUACAGGGUGUCAGAGGACUGCGGCUCCUGAGGUUUUUUAUUUCAAACUGAUUUUGAAGCCUUACUGUAACCCUUCUCAUACAUUAUCUGAGGGCCUUUACUGUGUAUUGUGGCCUGUGUGCAAGCUCCAGUAUGAAGCAAUGGCUUUGCCAAGUACGAUUUUAAUUGUAAUCGAAAAAUUAAUUUGCAAAUAGAGGACCACAAUCAACUGCAUUUUUAUUAACUACCCUUUGAUUUCCAAAUGUAUAUCGAGUGGGCGGGAAUGUGUUCCUUGUGUUUAAAAUCAUUUCGAUUGUCCACCGGUUAGAAGUCCUUCGAUGGUGUGCUGUAGCAGAUGUUUUUUUUUUUAACACUGUAAAUAGCUUACAGUUGAAUAUCUGGGGAAGCAAAGCAACACAGUCAGGGAGACAUUUAUAGUUUUAACUGUAACCGAAUGGGGACAUACAUUUAUAACAUGCCUCACUGCCUGACUACCUCAGGAUGACGUGUACAUACUUUACAACACAGGUCUCAGGUGUGAACAAGACUAUUUGGCCAAAAUUACCUCUUGCCGAGGGUGUUGGUUCAGCCCUCUUACUCAGAAUUAAACACACAUCAGCAUUUUGCACCAAAACCACGCAACUCAACU